AUGAAACCUACAUGUCUGAAGGGAAACGUUUCUUAUUCAAAGGACGAGCAGCUCAGCAGACAUGGCCUCAGCUUGCAGCAUCCUGUAUGAAGAACAGGUCCUGUGUUCAAUCUGUCUGGGUGAGUUCAAAGAGCCCGUCUCCACUCCGUGUGGACACAACUUCUGCAAGGGCUGCAUCACCCAGUACUGGAACAGUCAGGACAAUGCGCAGUGUCCACUCUGCAAGAGAAGGUUGGGUAAUAAACCAGAGCUCAAGGUCAACACAGAAUUCAGAGAUGUGGUGGAGCAUUUCAACCGCAUGAGAGUACAGGGUGGACCUAAGAUUGUCGCCCAACCAGGAGAGGUGCCAUGUGAUGUCUGCACCAAGCCGAAGCUCAAAGCCCACAAGACGUGCCUGGUGUGUUUGGCCUCGUAUUGUAAGCCACAUCUGGAGUCCCACCAGAACCUGAAGAAGCACAAGCUGAUCGAUCCUGUGUCCAACCUGGAGGACAGGGUGUGCAAGAAGCACGACAAGAUGCUGGAGCUCUUCUGCCGCACAGACCAGCAGUGUGUUUGCAUGAUGUGUUUGAACGACGACCACACGGGGCACGAGGCUGUCCCACUGGAGCGCGCCUUCAAAGACAGGAGAGGCAUGUACGAGAACAUGACCUUAGAGAUGAGAAAGACGGAGAUCUUUUCAUUUCUAAGUGUUAAAAAUAUCAGAUGCUUUGUGGAAAAGAGCAGGGAAACUGCAGUGGAUGAAAUCAGAGAAACUGUACAAAUUUUAACCGCUUUCGUUGCCUCCGUACAAAAAUAUCAGGGUGAGCUGGUUGAGGCGAUUGAGCAGAAGCAGAAAGACAUAGAGAAACAAGCCGAAGAUCAGACAACUCUGCUGGAGCAAGGCAUUUCUGGUGUGAGAAGACUACGAUGUGACAUUGAACAACUUAUGCAGUCAGAAGACUAUCUCUACCUGCUGCAGAACUACCCAUUCAAUGUAAUGUCUGAGAACACUCAUCUGAUGGACCAACCUACUGACUCCAUUUUGCGAAUGACACAAGACAUUCCUGACAUUGGUCAGCAUGGCCAUAUAGAGAUGGUGAAAAAGUCAGUUGGUCAGAUUGAAGAAACGCUCAGAAAUGAGAUGAAGAUGCUGAUCCAAAAGGUUAGGUCGCCUGAUUCCUGUGAUGCCCCUACACAGUCACACGCAGUUGAAAAUAUGAGCGAUAAUCUUCUACCCGAGCUGUGGAGUCAGCCUCAGGACGAGCUGAUGAAGAUCCAGCAAUGCAAUGCAGUGGACGUGACUCUGGACCCUUACACAGCCAGCAAUUGGCUCAAGGUGUCUGGCGAUGGGAAGCGACUGACCUUUUGUGGACAUCAGCAGAUCUUCUCCUCUUUCUUUGGCAGGCCAUUUAAAUACCUGCCUUAUGUACUGGCAAAGGAGGGGUUUUCGUCAGGCAGGUUCUACUAUGAAGUCCAGGUCAGCAACUGUAAAAGAUGGCUCGUAGGAGUGGUCAAAGAGUAUAUUAACAGAGAGAUUAACUCCAUUCCUACCCCUGAGGAUGGGGCGUGGAUAUUAAACACACCAAGAAACAUGUUUCUGAAUCAAAUUCAGACCAUCGGGGUGUUUGUUGACUACGAGGAGGCUAAAGUCUCUUUCUACGAUGUGGAAGCCAGGUCUGAGAUAUGCACAUUUACAGAAGGUUCAUUCAUGGAGACAACACCUCUGAGAUAAUGUCUUUCCUCAGUGGCAGGUAUUUCAUCCAUUCACAGACCAAAAAUAUACCCUGUGUUUGGAAUAUAUGAUUAUUAUUAUGGGGAUAGUCUUGUUAUCUCCCCUGUAA